AUGUGCGAGGUAUUGGGCAAAGUGGGUGUGCCGUGGCUGGCACUUGCAUCCCCUCUCCAUCCCCAUUCCACCCGCAAUGCCCUACCGCACCUCACUUAUUCUCCUCUCCUCCUCCCACCCCUCCUCUCUUCCCCUGGCGUGCAGGCAUACGAGCUCAUGGUGAGGGCAGUGGGCAAGGAGGGCGUGCCGUGGCAUUCGCUUCCCCUCUCCUUCGCAUGUCACCCGCCUCCCCUCACCUGUUGUCUACUCCCCACCCCCACCGCUUUUUGCCCUGGAGUGCAGGCAUACGAGCGCAUGGUGAAGGCGGUGGGCAAGGAGGGCGUGCCGUGGCAGCUGGUGAACAACAUUGCUGCACUGCAGCAUGAGAGGGGCGCGUAUGAGGAGGCAGUGACGGCCUACAAGGAGGCGCUGGGGCCACACGGGCCAUGGGCGCCCAUCCUGCACCCUGAAGCGUCUAAUGCCGCUGCCCUGCACCGCCUCAUCCUCUCCCAGUACCCAUCCUACCUGGACUGCCAUCUGCGCCUGGCAGUGAUGGCACUGGACCGCCGAGACAACGCCACUGCCAUGACGCAUAUAUCAGCCGUGCUACAGCGCGCACCGGACAGUGUGGACGCACUGUUGCUGCGCAGCCGGGCGGAAGCAGACAGGGACGACCAUGCGGCAGCCAAGGACACACUAAAGCGCAUCGUGGACCUCUCGCCUGAGAAGUGCACCGCCGCCCUCGUUGCCCUGGUAAGCGCUCUGCUCCCUUGGUGGCGCAUCUCAGAACUCAGGCCGCCAGAGGCUUAG